AUGAUGCAUACUUCCAGACUGGCCAGCCUUGCCAGCCGCGGCUCGGCGCAACGACUUGGACAAGUCCAGCGACAUUUCAGCACAUCCGGCGCACUUCGACGAGAAAUUCAGGAUGCAUAUAUUCUCGGCGCUGCUAGGACGCCAACUGCAAAGUUCAACGGCCCGUUCACCACGGUCCCGGCACCGAAGCUUGGUGCUGAAGCCAUAAAGGCAGCCAUCAGCAAGUCCAAGGUUCCUGUCGAGAAAAUCACUGAUGUCUACAUGGGAAAUGUGCUCCAGGGCUCCGUCGGUCAGGCCCCUGCCCGACAGGCUUCAAUCUUCGCCGGCCUUCCCACAACGGUUGAAGCUGUCACCAUCAACAAAGUAUGCGCCUCGGGCAUGAAGGCGGUCGUCAUGGCGGCACAGAACAUCCAGCUUGGCCUUGCUGAAGCUCAGGUCGCCGGCGGAAUGGAGAAUAUGUCCCGUGUGCCUUAUUACCUACCCCGCGCCAGCCAGCAAGCCCCCUUCGGAGACAUGAAGCUGGAGGACGGGUUGGUUAAAGACGGACUGUGGGACGUCUAUAACCAAUUCCAUAUGGGUGUCUGUGCUGAGAACACGGCAAAGAAGCACAAUAUCACAAGGGAGGAGCAGGACGCCUAUGCCAUCCAGUCCUAUGAACGUGCGCAAGCCGCGUGGAAGGAGAACAAAUUUGACGAUGAGAUUACUCCUGUCACAAUCAAAACGAAGAAGGGCGAAGUUGUCGUCAACAGGGACGAAGGGUUCGAGGACCUCCGCGCUGAUAAAAUACGCAGCCUGAAACCCGCCUUCGUCCGGGACGGUACCGGAACUAUUACCGCCGGAAACGCCUCGACCUUUAACGACGGUGCAUCUGCUCUUGUCAUCACAAACGAAGCUCUCGCCCGUGAGUACGGCUCCGGCAAUCGUGUACUUGCCCGUAUUGUUUCCCACGCAGAUGCCGCAAUUGACCCAGUCGACUUCCCUGUUGCCCCAGCCAAGGCCGUCCCAAUUGCCCUAAGUCGGGCAGGCCUAACUAAGGACCAGAUCUCCGUCUGGGAGUUCAACGAGGCCUUUGCUGCCGUCAUCAAGGCAAACGAGAAGAUCCUGGGUCUUGAGAAUGCCUGUGUCAACCCUGUCGGAGGCGCUAUCUCCAUUGGCCACGCGCUUGGAAGUUCUGGCUCGCGAAUCCUUACUACUCUUCUCCACCAGCUGCAGCCAGGCCAGUAUGGCCUCGCAGCUAUUUGCAACGGAGGCGGUGCUGCCACGGCCAUCGUUGUCCAGAGACUGGAGAAGGUUGAGUAA